CUUUGGGGGGUCUGCGCUGUGCUGCUGCGCCUGGGACCCAAAACCCAGACAGCGAGUCCGUCCUUUUCUUCCCGCACAAGCCUCGCUUUGCGGCAACUUGUCUUCCCUUCCAACCUGUCCGUGUCGACGCAGCGUCUACAAAUCCAUGACGCAACGCCAUUCUUUCACCUCUCGACACAACCCCUAAUUCCACCCGCAAUCCCCAGUGAUCCGACUGACAGGAAAUUCUUUUUCCCUUCAUCUUUCAAUCGGCAGCUAUAGCCGACGCGCCCAGCACCUUUUUGCCUUUCACCUAGCGCCAGCACAAAAAAUUAAAGCAUCAAACCCAGCUCUCGCCACGCUGCCUCAGCCACACCUGGAAGCAACAUCCUGUUUCAUCAGAUUCCAUCAUUGCGACAGUCAAGACAUGCUCCGGGCACCUCGCCUCUAACAUUGAUGGCAAUUAGAUCAUUGUCACCCUAAGCUGUUCCCCUGCGCGCAUCGUCCAUCCGCCGCCCUGUUGCCCAUGGCCUCGUCGGAUAACGUGCCAACUACUACUCCAUCUGCCGCUCCAUCUGUGCAAACUGCUGCCGCUACUUUGGCGCCAGGACACGACUCUACGAAACCUUCUAAUAAACGGCCCUUACAAGACGACGCCACCAUCGAGCCCCUCUCCUCUCCAACCAAGGCUGCGCGACUCGCUCUAGCAACGUUCCCGUUACUCCCUCCACUGACUGGUGCUGCAGCGCUCGAAGAUCAACGCCGGCGAGACGCAGAGCGACAGCAUAGCCCUCCCCCUACCAGUCAGAAUCCUAGCCACGCUGCCAUUACGUCUCUUAUGUCCAUUGACGCCAUAAGCCGACCAAGCGACGCCCCUAUACUUGCACCAGCAAUCAUGGAUCCCUCGCCCAAGGCCGUCAGCGCCCUAACGGCGGCUGCCAAUGCUGCAGCACGUAUUGAUGAUCAUAUUGUUGCCAGUCCAGAAAGCACCGGACCUGAAAUCACGGAGAGCCCAACGCCAAUGGAGGUCGACAAGGGCGAACAUGCGGACCAGAUUGCUGGACAAGAAAGCCGUCCUGCUCUCAGCGCCACGUCCUAUCCAGGCUCCCUCCACGCGAGCGCACACAUGCCGGAACCAGCAGCUCGCCAUAUGAGCUAUCCGGACCCUCAAAUGCAGGGCUCACCUACGCCUACGGGGUCCAAGAAGCACAAGUGCCCAUUCUGUCAGACCGAGUUUACUCGCCAUCAUAACCUUAAAAGCCAUCUCCUUACCCAUAGCCAAGAAAAGCCUUACGUGUGCACGGAAUGUCAGAUGCGUUUCCGUCGUCUUCACGACUUGAAGCGCCACGGCAAACUGCACAGCGGCGAGAAGCCACACAUUUGCCCCAAGUGCGAUCGCAAGUUUGCCAGAGGCGAUGCCCUAGCCCGUCACGCCAAAGGCGCCGGUGGCUGCGCUGGCCGCCGAUCGAGCAUGGGAAGCUUUGCCGAUGAAGCCGACCUUGACGGUUCCAUGAUGGACGCUGAUGAGUCGACCAUCUCAGCCGUUGGUUAUGGCGCCGGCGAUGACGACGCAGCCCGUCGCCAGAGUGUCCCUGGCGGCGGCCACGGCUCACACGACCAAUACUCUGUACAGUCCAGGACAUAUCCGCCAGCGGGCCCGCGACCAACAACGACGGGCAUGUACGCGCCUCAAGCGCCUUCGCAAGGCAGCACCAGCGCGGGCUCAUCGAUUCCCAACAGUCUCACCAGUCAUGCAACGGGUACCAGCAUUUCAUCCACUGGAGCCGCCAACAGUUCUGCCAAUGUGUACUCGCAGAGUGGCAUGACCGAAAGUCCCAAGGCGUUGAGCCCUGUACUUGCAAGCCACGAGCCUCCUCGACCACGCUCACCUGCCAAUGGCCGCCGGCCAACCGACAUCACCUCACCACACAGUGCCUCCCGCCCGAAACUGCCCGGACUGGCCCAAUCAGGCUUUCCUCCUCCUUCCACAAAUAAUUACGGCCACGGACGCUCGCCUGGCGGCGAAAGCGGCAACAUGUUUGCUCAGAGUGAUCCCAGCGUGUGGGCUUACAUCCAGGGCCUCGAGGACAAGAUUAAGAUGUUAUCUGAAAAGGUAACAUCUCUAGACCAGGAGGUUGUCGGUCUCAAAAGGCAGCUUGACACGCGCGAUGCCGUGGCAGUAGCUGCAGCGGCUGUUUCUGCUCCCACCGUUUAACUACUAUCAAUACAAGACACUACGUCGUAGGGUGGGCCAAAACAAAUAGACUUGAAAGAGCGGGGGAUUCGCCCUGCUGGAGAAAUUGAUUUGAUUUGAUUGGGAUGGUGGCGUUUUACGGGAUUUAUAUUUUGCAAUGUUCUCUAUUUUGGUGUCGGUGGUUUGAAUGCAGUUCCAACAGGUGGACUGCGUCUACGCGACGGCAAGGCGAUUGGCGUCAAUAUUUUGCACGGGGAAGGGGACGCCUUAUUUAGUUGUAUAAUAUUUUGAUCCAACUUAUCCCUUUGACGGCGUGACUGUGCAUAUACAACUGUUAUAUUAACCUUUUAUCUACAAUUCGAGAAAGGAUCACUUCACUGCUGCAUCAAGUUUUGCAGCUAAAGGAUACAGGCUAACAGCGCAUUCACUUUCACUAUAUCUCUGCUACUGUUACUACCUUUCCUAUGGAGAACACGAUUCUGUUUUUCUCGUUUACCGCGCCCAUUAUUCUGCAGAAUAUGGUCCUGGCUGCCAAUGAAAUAUGUCUGAACCAGAGGUCACAGUCCGCAUAUCAGAAACCUCUUCGUACGUGAUUGUAUUAAGACACAGACUCUACAACUCUAAUACUCUUUAAACAGACUACGAUCUAAAUGUAUCCAAGUGGUUGUCGGCACAUCUACGCCAUUCACGUUCGACGUUCAUCAGAGCAUAAUCCGACAAAAGAUACGAUCAUCUCGGGAUAGAAUAGUACUGCUACCAAUGGAAGAGCCGGAAAUCUUUGAAAUUUACUUGCAUUGGCUUUAUUUCUCGACAUUUCUCGACGAUACAAAAGUAUUCUCUGUUGCGCAGGCUGCUUCUGAGCACCUGAGACUGGCCCGAGCGUUUGCCUUGGGGACCAGGAUGGAAGACACAAUUUCAGGGUGCUGUAAUGGAUGCUGCAAUGGAGCAAUCACGAAUCAAAUACAGUGGUGGAUCUCAGUCUUGCCCAGGUACAACGGCUAUCGAGCACAUAUAGAGCCAUUCUUCCGUUGGGUCCAACGGUAGGAGCUGCCUAGUUCAUAUAUUUGCGAGUGUCAAGCAAUGGAAUCCUGCACCUGCUUGGGACAAGUUUCCGCCUGUAUUUG